AUGUCGGUGGUGGUGGAGGGUGGGUGUGGGUGGUGUUUAGACACUUGCUCGCUCAUCGACCAAGGCUACGAAAAGUGUUUGACGAGGGAAGGUGAUACCUGGUCAAAAAUGAAAGCACGCUUCAAAAGGCGAUGUUUUCUCAUUUUAAAGCCGCAUUGUGGUGUGAAGCCACGCGGUGCUGCUGUGGAGGAAAACGUUAAGCUAGAAAUGCUGCCAAAGAAAAGGAAAAGGAAAGGAAAGCAAAGUCAUCUCAAUCAGGGAGAGAUCGAUUCAAACGCUUUUCAUGAGAAGGUCAGAUGUGUCAUUUUGGAGGAAACCAAGUCCCUUGUGGAAUCUGCGAGACGUCUCGGAUACUUUCAAGGAGGGACAAACCCAACAGAGGACCCUCUUCCUGGUCAUGAAUGCAACCUGGCCAGUCUCUGUGACAUGGCCAAAGAUCUUCCUGGAGUGGAUGACGAUGACCAGACAGACUGUGCCCAGUUACUUGUUGAUGAGCGUGGCUGCACGUCACAUCUGGACUUGUUCUCCAGGGUAACGGAGCACACCUCAGACUGUGCCGCGGCGGUCACGCUGAUGGGAGAAGAAUACGUAAUACCCCCACGAACCGCCUUCCUGCUCUCUGAUUUCUCCCGAAUGGAGCCACUGCUCCGAUAUGGACGCAAGUUUGAUGUCAUUGUGAUGGAUCCACCGUGGGAAAACAAGUCUGUAAAGAGGAGUCGCAGAUACAACUCUCUGCCUUCGUCUCAGCUGAAAAGACUCCCCAUACCCAGCUUGGCAUCUCCAAACUGUUUGGUGGUCACCUGGGUUACAAACCGACCCAAGCACUUGCGUUUCGUGCGAGACGAGCUGUAUCCGCACUGGGGGGUGGAGAUUGUGGCUGAAUGGUUGUGGGUUAAGGUUACCACGGAAGGCCAGUUUGUGUUCCCGCUGGAUUCACCGCACAAGAAGCCGUAUGAGGUGCUGGUCCUGGGCCGGUAUUGUCGCUCCCAGGAAAAAAGCUCCUCAGAGUCCUUCAGCACCCCCGUGGAGAAUCAGCGCCUGGUUGUCAGCGUACCGUCAGCUCUUCACUCCCACAAGCCCUCAUUGUCAGACCGUAACAAAGAGGCAGGGGAGACACUUCUCCAGGAUGUAUGCUCGGGGCAACACCCUUCACUUUACCCGGCAGUGGGUCUCCACAGAGGUGUUGAAGCCAUACAUUGGAGGGGACGCCUCGUGCUUAGAGUUGUUUGCACGAAGUCUGCAACCAGGUUGGACCAGCUGGGGCAACGAGGUCCUCCGAUUUCAACAUACGAGUUAUUUCACCUGGACACCUGCCGACAAACUGACUCAGUCGUCCGCCUCCUCCCACACUGAGGACUAACAACUGCCUGACGUAGGUUUUUAUUCAAGGUUUUAAAUAGGCACACGCGUUAUUAUUUUUUCCCGCGUGACAAACUGAGAAACCCCCAAAAAUGACAAUCUCACUAAAUGAGAUCAACAUUUAAUUAGCAUUGCAAGACUUUUCACAAUGAAGCAGUGAAGUUUUCUUUGAGUCUAAUGAGUGUGAGGGUGAGCAGUGCCGGGCGACGUCUGGCAGCUGCAGCCCAUCAGAGCUAAUGAAGCCGCCGUGAGGUCAUUACCACCCUACCUGUCGUCCUCUGUCUCUGAGAGACACUCGCACACUAAUCCGUGGAGACAAGUCGCCAUUAAGCCAACUUAAGUCAUUACUUUUGUAUUGUGAGGGUCGUACUUUCAGGAAAAUCUUUGACAUUUAAGACAAUUAACCCUUCCCCAGACAGUGGACAGCUAUUCAAAAGCUAUAUGCAGGUGUCUUAAUUAGGUGGGUCUCGUUCUGAUACAACAAGUUUUGUAUGAGAUGGACUCAUACUUGCCAACCCUUCCGAUUUUCCCGGGAGACUCCCGAAUUUCAGUGUCCCUCCCGAAAAUCUCCCGGGGCAAUCAUUCUCCCGAAUUUCUCCCGAUUUCCACCCGGACAACAAUAUUGGGGGCGUGCCUUAAAGGCACUGCCUUUAGCGUCCUCUCUCACCUGAAAAGGAGACUAUUAUAUAUGUCUACGUUAUCCAUAGGUUUAUCUAUAACCCAUAAAGUAGGCAGGCACGGAGCUAUUUCUCAGCCUGUGUUUAUUCCAGCCGGCACGUUAAUACACUGACACACAACAUCCGGAUUCCCAUCGUGCAUUGCUUCAAAACUAUGGCAAGUAGUAAUGUCCAAAAACAUAACAGAGACUAAGCAGAAGAACGAAAAGAGACAUGGCGACGACGAGUAAGAAGAAGUACGCUUGCAAGUUCCAAAAUGAUUGGAAAAAAUAAUUUCAGUUCAUCCAGGACAGCUCAAAGGGGAAGGGGUAUGCUGCCUGCACAUUUUGUAGAUCAGACUUUUAUGUGUGUGUAUAUGUGGAAAUAA